AUGACGUUCUUUGAUUUGCUUUGGGAUGGUAAGGGUAUGACAUAUGAUCACUCAUUUGCAAUGGAAGUUGCUAAGGUAGUUGUGCUUGUUUCAAUGGGGAUUUUCGUAGUUAAUGUGAUAUUAAGUGUUAUAGUAAGUAGAAAUAAGUGGGGCAGAUUAAUAUUACUGAUUCAUUUUUUGAGGUAAAAAAAGAAUGUAAGAAAAUUUAUCUUAUUGAUUUUAAGAAAAACCAUUGUCGGCAAUUAUAGUGGAAUCAAUCAAUAUAGCCCUUUGGCUUUGGCUUUGGUUAGUUACGCAGUUUUUAAUUUGAUCCCUUCUUGGGUAUGUGGACUGUUAAUAUUUCUGCUUGGAAUGUUUGGAAUUUUAGUAUAAAUAUGGAGACAUUCAAAUUUUUGGAAAAGUAAAUCUUUUAAAAAGAGAUGCACUAAUGCAGCCUAAUAUUUUAAGUAUCUUUUGGCAUUCGAAGUGACCACUGUUGUAUUUUUCUCCAUCUUCCUUCCAUUAGCCUUUCAAAAAGGAUGCCUCUGUGUUUAUAAUAAAGCUUAUGGAGUAGAUACAUUUUUGGAUUUACAAUUUUCAUCAAAAUGGACUAGAUCAAAUUGGUUGCCAGAUGAAGUAUGCCCAAAAGGAACCUUAUGUCAUAUAUAUGCAACUUUACCUGAAGAGACAUCAUCGGAAGUUUUUAUCAAUGUGCAUUCUGGAACUGACAUUGAGGAAUUGAAUGCAUAAUUCAAGUUUUAAGAUUCGAAAAUAAAUACUAAGUGUGACAAAAUACCCUUUCCAUCAUCUGUUGAGGAAAGAGGGUAGAGAAAUGUAUUCACCUGUUUAUUAACAGGUCUAAAAUCAUAUACUCUUUAUGAUGUGGAUCUAAUCUACAAGGAGAAAGUCUUGAAUUCUACAAAGUAUCGAACAAUAGCAGAAUAGUAUUCAGAUGAUGAUGUUGUGAUUUUGUUCGGAGGAGAUUGGGGUUAUUAAAAAAAAGGAUUGAUGAUUGUGGAUUAGAUUACCAAAGUCAAUCCCGAUGCUAUUUUGAUUGGAGGGGACAUUGCUUAUGAUAAUGGCAACGUACAUUGCUAUUACUCAUUUGAUUUACUAUUAUCAGUCUUUGAAACUCAGUUUACAAAGGUUGGAAGAUUGAUUCCAUUCAUUUUCUCAGUUGGUAAUCAUGAUGUGGGAUUCAAUGAUUAUGCUAAAUACAAUAUUACAGUGUCUGAUGAGAGGGGACCUCUAUAUUUCACCUACUUUCCCUAGAGAAAGUCUGCUAACAAUACUGUUCUACCAAUUAAACAUAGAGUGACUUUCAAUAUUUAAAAGAUGCAAAAUCUCCUGCUCUUUGGAUUAGACUCUGGCUAUUUAUAUCCUCAUAAUGGAACACAAUCAAAUUGGAUGAUCUCAAUUCUAUAAAAUGAAGCUUACGCCUAACUUAAUAAAUUUGCUCAUUAUCAUGUUCCUAUUUACCCUACUUGUUAUAAUAAUAAUUCGUUUAUGAACUCUUGGGAUAAUUUAUUAUAGGCUAGAGCUGUUUGGGUGCCUCUAUUUGAUACCUAUGAGUUUGUGGGGGCUUUUGAAAAUCACGUUCAUUAAUAUAAGAGAACUUACCCUCUAAAGGCUAAUAAAAAGUCAGAUAAAGGAACUGUGUACUUCGGAGACGGUGCUAUGGGAAUAAGAACUGUCAAUUGUGAAGAGGAAUCUAAAACUUAUUUACCAGGAAGACCAUUUGAUGAUAUCUUUGAAACAGUAAUCACAAAUAAUAGUGAUCAUUUUUGGGUACUAAAAUCAUAUGGUAAAAAUCAAACAAUAGAUUUUAAUGCAUUUUAACCAGAUUACACAUUUAUUUAAAAUAGUACCUAUGUUGUUAAUGCAAGAGAAAGAAAAAUAAAAAUAGAUUUAUGA